AUGGAAGUGACGCUGCUUCGGGACCUCGUAGAAUGGCUUGAACACCGCGUCUGUUCAUUCUACUCUCGUUUCAAGAUGCUGAAAAUUCCCAUCUUUCCCAGUCUUGUCGGAAUUACUGAAGCUGUUGCAGUCCGCGUGGGAGUCCCGCACUUGUUCCAUGGCAUUGCUCGAAUCGCUGAGCCAUGGGUAUCCUCUGUCGACGCCAUCCUUGGUGGACUCGUGCUUAACAUCAUCCGGUUCAUCAUGCGUAUCUGCGGACUCGAAGUCGAUGAUAACCGAUCGGUGGUAUCUAUCACCAGGAGCACCGCCCAGCUGGAUCGAACCAUUGAGAAACUCGAGAACGAGCUCGUGCGUGUGCAGACUCAAUUGGCUAUCGAAAAGCGCGAGAAAGACGAUCUCAACGCGACCGUUCGUCGUGUGCUGGUCAUGAUGACCCACGAGAACGACGCACUUGAAGCAUUUUGUGACGAUCAAGCAUCGACACAUAUAUCGUCUGCUCGUAACAAAUUCCUUGAAGACGAAAUAGCUGUCGUACGUCAAGAAGCUGCCGCUCUCGCGUCGGCAAACGACGAGCUGCGGCGAGAAUCGGCUACAGUUGGCCACUUGGCAACCACAUCAGUAUCGAAGCACAACUUGGACGCCCAAGGGCUUGUGGUCACCGCAACCAGCGAAGCCUCUGGCUCGUCUAUAUCUUCAACCGUCCCACCAGCCAUAAUGUACCUCGCGGAGGCAACACUUCGUGUCUAUUAA